GACCAGCCCACACAUGUGGCAUCCACCACCGCAUGAAUGCUUCCGUCGAUGGGCCAGCAAGAUCUGCGGUCUCCAACGACGCCACUCAACCUCAGAGGUCGGCAUGUAUGCGCCAUCGAAGGCGCUACUGAGGGAUCCUACUGCCUGGCGAGAUGAAGCCGGUGCGGCAGAUUUCACGGCACACAAGGAACGCAGAGAACUCGAAGGCUGCCGGUGUGGCUUUUGGUCUGACGGCAUUGCGGAGCGGUGCGAAUGGCCGGCGUGCAUGCCAAGAUUUGCGCCAUGGACAAAUUGGCGACCGGCAAUGCGGAGCGGCGCCGAUCAAGUGGCACUACAGCAGGGAAACAGCGGAUGAAACGGGUCAAUCAGCAUCGAUUGCGCUACCAAAGCCCCCUUUCUGGGCGCGGAGGGACAUUGCCGACCAUGUAUGCGGGGACUCAGGCAGGCGCAAGACACGUUUCGUACAGGCUCGGCAUAAGCGGCUGACACGACGUCAGACGAGAUGGAUGUACCAUUGCGCAUCGCGGAUCGCGAGCAGCCGUCUGCGACGUACGAGGUGCGACAUGCGAGCGGAGAGGAUGGAUCUUCGGCGAGAAUGCGGGCCAGGAAGUGCUCCUGGAGCGGAUGGAUGACGUUGGAGCUGUGAAAAGGUGGGGGGGACGAUAAUACAAGGCGCAAGGGCGAAGACGAAGGAUGGCUGCAAGCCAGAGGGGGGGGGAUGAAACGAUUGUCC